AUGGAAGGGGCGUCCUCAUGGUUGCAACAGUACUACCAUGCAGUGUCAUGUGGGCUAGAAAAGCUGUACAACACAGGCGCUCACUCGGACACAACCAUCAUUGUCGGUGAAAGAACGUUCAAAUGUCACAGAGUCAUCCUGUGUGCCAUAUCUCCCUACUUUGAUGCCAUGUUCUCUUCAGGGAUGAAAGAAAGUGUUUCAGGGGUGGUCAAAAUUGAAGGUACGGAGAGUUCUACUUUUGCGGCCAUUUUGGAUUACAUUUAUAAAGGAUCUGAUACUGUCACCGAAGAAAAUGCAGAGGCAAUUCUAAAGGCUGCUUGCUUGCUGCAGAUGGAGUGCCUUCAGAAACGAUGCGAAGAGUUCAUCUGCAGAACUUUGACCAUUGCUAACUGCUUUGAGAGGUGGCGACUUGCCCUGUGGCACUGUAGCACUCAUCUCAAACAGCAAGCCUGGAGAUUUAUCACAGCCAACUUUGUCAAGAUAUCCCAGCAAGAUUAUUUCAUGACGCUAGAGAAAGAUGAGCUGAUUUCUAUCAUCAAAGAAGAUGACUUGAACUGUCCCAAUGAAGAGUUUGUGGUUGAAACUGUUCUUAAAUGGGUGCAACAUGAUCUGGAGGUCAGAGGUCAGCUAUUGGGAGAUAUCUUUCCCUACCUGAGACUACCUCUGACAAAGCCUCAGUUCCUUAUUGAUAUUUUAAGGAAAUAUACAUUUGUAAAGGAACACACAGAAUGUCAUAUGUACAUUGACCAUGCUAAAAACUUUCAGCUCUUGCCAGCACAUCGUCAUGACAGCAGUAGCCCUGUGACAUCAUACAGGACCUCUUCUUCUUAUGAAGAUGUCUUGGUUGUCAUUUCCGGUGGAGAGUCUUCUAGACCUCCUUAUGUCAGAUCCAAGAAUGUCCUGGCGUUUGGGUUUAAUAGUCGCAAAUGGUUUCGUUUGGCACCUCUUCCUUAUGACCCGGGCAUUGAGUUUGCUACGUGUGUUCACAGUAAUGAUAUCUUUGUCACCGGUGGAGGCUUGCACAAAUCUUGUUUUCUGCGGUACUGCUCUAAAAAAGACAAGUGGUCCCAGUGUCGGGCCAAGUUGAAAAGUGGUCGCCGGCGACACGCCAUGGCUGCUUGCGGAAACAAAAUUUAUGUCAUCGGCGGGUACAACAGUGAACUUGAGCAAGGAUGCAAGGUUCAGAGCUCGAUAGAAGAGUUUGAAUUGGGCUGUAGUGAGUGGGUGGAGGUAGGGCACUUGAUAACACCUGUAAGUUCCAUUUCUGCUACAGCCACUAAAGACAGGAUCCUGGUAUUUGGAGGCGAGACUAAUGACCGCACAGACACUGCUGCAGUUCAGUGCUUUGAUACACAGACUCACACUACGUGCAUUAUCGCUCAGCUUCCUCUCGCCUGCAAACUAACCAGGGCAACAGUGUGUAACAACUGCACCUACAUCAUUCUCUACAAUGGUAAAAUUGUUCAGUUUGACCAUCGCACUGACUGUGUUAAAGUCAUGGGUCACAUUCAGAAUUUCGACUGUGUCCACUAUGGUCUAGUCCACCGCCGGGGUUGUCUCCUUCUUUUGGGGGGUCAGCGCAUCAUCCCUGGGCCAAGCCCGGUUAGAGCUUUAGUGGACACAAUGUUGCUCUAUGAUGUAAGGAAUCAGCGGGUCAUCAUGCUGAAUGACCGCAUACCAUCGCCAAGACUUGUGGACAGCUGUGCUAAAAUCACUAUAGAAAAGAAGUUUCUGGUUACAGAGUACACUGACACUUCUCCCACAGCUUGA